AUGUCGAAUUCGUCGCCAUUUCUCGAGCUCCCAGUGCAUCUGGCCUCCUUCAUUUUGGCACAGCUGGAUUCUAUGCAGUCGUUGGGCUCAGCCAUACUCAGCCACUCAAUAUUCUACCAGUCUUUCCGAGACGACACAAAACGUAUUGUUCAGGGCAUAUUGAGGAACCAAAUUCCUCCAGAGCUCAUGCAAUACGCAGCGGCAGCCUUCGAAACAAAGUUUGUGGAUAACAACGACGAAGUCAAAGUCGGCACUCUACUCAGAUCGGCUUUCGAAGGCAUUGGUCGUCAGCAGGAUGGCGUUCAGUUUCAGGAAUGGUGCCUGGAGUGGAUGUUCGACCAUAGUGUGGAUGGAACUGGUUUUUCGACAGCCCUCAGCACAAGACUAGGUGAUCAGACUUCCCAAUUUAUGGAAGCAGUUUCUAUAGCAACUAUCUUCAGCAAGACUCACGGUGUCGUGGAGUACUUCUGCAGACGGUUUGCCGGCGAACGACUGCCACUGAUUCAACAUCUCAUGGUGGGACGGAGACCUGAGGAGGCUUGCCCCUCGAAAAGAGAGGCAUUCCGAAUUAGACGCGCUUUAUAUCGCUUCCAGAUAUACUGCAACCUAUUAUUCCGAAACGAAGACGAUUUUCAUCCAGGAAGACGAGUCAGGCAGAUGCGAAGCUCUUACAUAGUGCGUCACUUCUUUGGCUGUUUCUCGCCAUGGGUCGACGAGCAACUUGCAUGCAUACAUGACUACCUAGAGGAUAUCUUGUCGAGAGCAUUCGAUGACGUUGCUGCUCAUGACGUCGACUGGGGAGCAAAGUCGGUUGACUGGCUGGCUCAGGGGAGACGAAACGAGUAUAAGCAGGCAUAUCUCACCUACGGUUUACCUUUUCUCUUCAAACUCGAUAAUAAUCAUGCAUACCAACAGCGCCACCAGCUUUUGGUAUCAAAAGGCUUACCACGCACUACAGUAGCACUGGCAGUCCAUCUUCAGCGAGCUGUACCAAAUAAUUACACCCCACACAUAAAUACUUGGAGCCUUUAUCUCCGCGAUAGGAUUCCGUGGGGUUCUGAACAAGAGGCGCAUCUGAUGGGGAGAUGGGGGAUCGACCACGACGGAGCGGAUGGCUUGGAUUCAGCACCAUUUCGUCUAUGGCUAGGUGCUCAUCUAAGCUUUUGGGCUCGCGAUAUUCCCUACUGCCCAGAGGAUCUGUAUCUUCGGAAGUGCGGUUACGUUAUAUGGGACAUUCCUUUGUCAGAAGGAGCCCGUCCCGAAGUCAAUGGGGAGAUCAAGCAAUGGCUCAAAGACUGCAAUCGACAGUCUCUUAUCGACACCAUCGAGCGGCAACGAGGAAGGGGCCAGAUGAAAAUGUCCUGGAAGGAGAGGGCAGCAAUAUCCGAGAGAGGUGGGAGAGGAUACUGGAGUCCGGACGGUCUCCACGACAUCUCUUGGAACUAUGCUUGA